CUGGAGAUGGGAGGGCGACUCUAAGGAAACUGCUGGAUGCUUCCUGGCUCCCCACAACAUACCGCCCCCAACGGGGCGGUGUGGGGUGUUCGGGGAUUCCUCAGCCGGGAGAGGAGUCCCACGGCCUCCCUCGACACCGCCCCCACCCGCGACCGGGUUCUGCCUAUCGCGCUCUGGCGCCGUCCUCCACCCCCCGACUCAGUAGUGUGGACGGGUAGGGAACCCAGAGUGCUGACACCCCACGCUUCCUACUCCGGCUGCCCUCUCGGAAACAGAGCGAGGUUAAGGCAGGAGGAGGGCAUCAGGCGAUUUGACCAAGACCCAGGGGAUUGUUAAGCUGCGCUGAAAUGAUGAGGGAAGUUUGGUCAUCAGAAGAGGUCAGAAAUGGCAACUUGCUCAAUUCAGCACGCAAGUCCUCCCUUCCCCUCCUCCCUCACCCCCUAGUCUCCCACCCUACCGCCCUCCCCCACCUCCAGCUGACCAUGGCAUCAGAAGCAGAGAAAACAUUCCACCGGUUUGCUGUCUUUGGAGAGUCAUCAGGUAGUGGUGCCGAAAUGAACAACAAGAACUUCUCCAAGCUGUGCAAAGAUUGUCAUGUCAUGGAUGGCAAGACAGUCACCUCUACUGAUGUGGACAUCGUGUUCAGCAAAGUCAAGGCCAAGAAUGCCCGAACCAUCACGUUUGUACAGUUCCAGGAGGCAAUGAAGGAACUGGGCCAGAAGCGGUUCAAGGGGAAGAACCCAGAUGAAGCCCUGGAGGGCAUUUAUAAACUCAUGGAGGGCCAGGAUCCAGCCACCACUGGUGUUACUAAAGCAACGACAGUGGGUGCAGUGGACCGUCUGACAGACACCAGCAAGUACACCGGCAGCCACAAGGAGCGCUUUGAUGAGAGUGGCAAGGGCAAGGGCAUUGCAGGACGAGAAGAGGUGACUGACAACUCAGGCUAUGUGAGCGGCUACAAGGGUGCUGGCACCUAUGAUAAGAAGGACAAGUAGAGAGGAGCCGCAUCUUAGCCUGCUCGCCCCAACCCUGCAUCUUAACAUCAGGGAGCCUGGGAAACAAUAAACAUCUGUGUGUGCAGCAGCUAGUGAGCUCUGUCAAAUGAGGGUGAGGGACAUGUGAGCCCAUUUGUGUAGAGAGAGGGAGAAGAGAAAGGUCAAGGAGGCUGGGUUUUCAGCCCAACACCUUUUACCCUGCUCGGCCUCAUUCCUACCAACCAAACAGUGGUAUUCCCCUCAACUGCUUCAAAGAACAGGACUGGGGAAUAUAUUUAGAGAUAAGAGAUGAACCAGAUGUGGAGGCAAAAGUAUUUGCUACUUGUGUUCACACAUUACUGGUAUCCCCCCGCUCUACCUCCCAAAAGGGUAUAGCAAUUCCUGACUUGACAUACUAUGACACAGAUACUACCUAUUAGAUCUUUCCUUGUCCCUCCACCUUCCUCAUCCAGUCCAUGUUUUGUUGGGGGAGAAAUCGAAACCAGUUAGGGUGCCUGACUCCUGUUAUGAAUUUGGGCUAGAGUUGGAGGGGAGGGAGAAUCCAUUUUAAACACCCAGCCCAGAACUGAGUUACCCUACCCCACCCCCUUCAUGGUACCCACGGCACAGAAGCUCUUCCUGACUGCUGAGGAUAGCCCAGGAAGAUGGCCAGAGGUGGAUGGCCACCAGGACUUCAAGAGUAGCUGAGGCUGGCCCGUGGCUCAUUCGGGAGAGCGUGGUGCUGACAACACCAAAGUCAAGGGUUAAGAUCCCCUUACCGGUCAUCUUUAAAAGAAAAAAAAAGAGUAGCACUUCUGGUACACUAAG